CAGCCGCCGGUACCGGCACUUUGCUCGUUCCCUUUGCGCGCAGAGGCCGCCGGCGGUGAAAUCGCGGGGCCCGAGCGGGCCCGGCAAAGCGCCGCGUGAGGCGCAGCGCUCCCGCAGCUCGUUUGGCAGAGCGCGGCGGGGUCGGUGCCCGCCGGAGCGGCUCUGGCUCGGGCCGGGCCGCCUUCAGCCCCUGCGCUGGGCCAGAGCCUCUGCCGCGCCCGCCUGGUGCUCGGGGGCUGCUGCUGCCAAGCUCGCCUUUGUCCUGCCUUGGAAUUGUCACCGGGCUGCACAGCCGGGAGCCCCUCGUGUGCAGGAGCACCGCCCAGCUUCGCUGUAGUUACCCCGAGCUGCUCGUUUUUGCCUUCUCACAGCAACAGAAAAAGCAGAAGUAUGGUGAUGAAGAUGAUGAUGAUGAUGAAGAUUCUUAUGCUGAAAUGGAAGUGGAAGUGGAAGAAGACAGCAGUGAUGAUGAUGAUGAUGAUGAUGAUAUUGAAAGCCUGCCCCAGGAUCCAGACACCUGCCUGCAGAUGAACCAUGUGUACCAGGACGUUAUCAAGGAAAAGAUUGAGGAGGUGGAGCUGCUCAUUGCACAAAACAGAGAACAGCAGAAGGAAAUCGUGUGUGAGCUUCAUGGUUCAAAAACAACCAAGGCAGGAGAUGGCAGAAAUCUAGCAGCAAAUGUGUUUUUGGGUCAUUUCAUGAAGCCAUACUUCAAGGAUAAAAUAACAGGAAUUGGCCCUCCUGCCAAUGAAGAGGCCAAGGAAAAGGCAGCUCAGGGCAUAAAAUCCUUUGAACAGCUGCAUUCAGCCAAGUGGAAAGCUGCAGAGAAGACGCUGCUGCAGAAAUCCGUGGUGAGCGACCGCCUGCAGCGCCUGCUCCAGCCAAAGCUGCUCAAGUUGAGUUAUUGGAAUCAGAAACUGGAGAAAAUCAAGACUGACAUAGAAAGAGAGACCUUGGAAAAGCAAAUCAAAGACUUGGAGCAAGAAAUAGAAGCAAUUAACCAACUCCCAGAAAGUGACUUAAUAGGAAACAGAUUCGAUGAGCACGACUGGGACAAAAUUUCAAACAUCCAUUUUGAUGGACAACGUAACUCAGAAGAACUGAGGAAGUUUUGGCAAAAUUGGGAGCAUCCAAGCAUCAACAAAGACGAAUGGACUGAGGAGGAACUGGAGAGGCUGAAGCAGAUAGCUGCUGAACACAACUACCUGGACUGGCAGACCAUUGCCCAGGAGCUGGGGACAAACAGGACACCUUUCCAGUGCUUGCAGAAAUACCAACUCUGUAACAAAGAUUUAAAAAGGAAAGAAUGGACCAAGGAGGAGGAUCAGAUGCUUUUAGAGCUUGUUCAAGAGAUGAGAGUGGGAAGCCAUAUCCCAUACAAGAAAAUUGCUUAUUACAUGGAAGGAAGAGAUUCUGCUCAGCUGAUUUACCGCUGGACAAAGAGUGUGGACCCCAGCUUGAGGAAAGGACCCUGGACAGCAGAGGAAGAUGCUAUGCUGAUGGCUGCAGUUAACAAGUACGGGGAGAAGGACUGGUACAAAAUCCGGACGGAAGUGCCGGGCAGGAGCGACGCCCAGUGCCGGGACCGGUAUUUAAAAGCAUUGCACUGGGAUGUAAAGAAAGGCAAGUGGAGCUUGCAGGAAGAGGAGCAGCUGAUUGAACUGGUUCAAAAGCACGGCCUGGGUUGCUGGAGUAAAAUAGCUUCAGAGCUGCCACAUCGGACUGGUGCCCAAUGCCAGAGCAAGUGGAAAUUCAUGAUUGGCUCUAAGAAGAAAAGAUCUGGGGCAACCAAACGGCGCCACGCUGAGAGCUCCAGCUCUUCAGAGUGCAACAGUGAGGAGGACAUGGAGCUGGCAGACAGCUCAGAGGAGGAGAAGGUGACCAGCACCACGAGAAAGGAGGAGUCUGCAGUCCCCAGCAUUGACCUGUGGAUACCAACAGGGAUGGACAUGCAGGGGGCAACCAGAGAGAGACACCAAAUCCAAUCCCUCCUCUCUGAUGCCAGGGCUGGCGCAGGGAGCAGCUGCUGUGAUGUUCCAGGGGCAGGGUGUGAUGGAGACAGAGCUGCUGAGAAAUCAUCUGAGCUGAGCACCCUGCUGAGGGGCAUUGCAAACGCCUGUUCCACAGAUGUGCUGGUGAAGAAUCCAGCAGAAGUGAUGGCCAAGGCUUCCCAGUGUGGAAAACACAUGCUGCAGGUCAGCCUGGAGGAAGUGAGAGCAAUAUUAAAUUACAACACGAGCUUCCAGAGGAAACUGAUGCUAAGACCUCCUGUCAGCCUUUUAGCCAAGCCCCCUGGAGUGGCUGCAGCUGUUGACCAGGAUGUGCAGGAGCUGCCCAGGAGAGCUCGGCGCCACUGGAGGAGGCUGAGCCUGGACAGGAAGCUGCUGAUGGCAGUGACCCCUUGGGUGGGCAAUGUGCUGCUGCCCCGCACCUUGCAGGCUGGGAGGAUGGCUUUCCACCAGACAAAAGCUGCUGCUAUUCACGAGAGGGUUAAGUCAGUCAGUCUCACCAGCACUCCCCUGUUUGCACUGCUCAUUCAGCUCUUCCAGAUUGAUACCAAAGGCUGUAUGAAGAUUAUUAAGGAGAGGCAGCUGAGGCAGUUGGAGCUGCUUAAGGCUAAUGCAAGGAGCCCUCAGCAGGCUUCCCAAAAUACAGAGACUUCUUCAGGCAACUCAUCCCAAGCUUGCUCUCAGAAGAAUUCCCAACAGGGCAUCCCAAAGAGUGCUGGCAGGAAACCUCCUGCCUUGAGAGCACAGGCCAGCCCCACUGGUGCCUUGGAGAGCUGUGCCCCAGCUGUGCAGGGAGCUCCCCCAGCCCAGGGGCAAAGGCACAAGCCCAAAACUGUCUCGGAAUUGCUGCAAGAGAAACGUUUGAGGGCGUACCAGGCCAAGGCAGCCAUGCUGAGGACAGUGCUGGUUGCCCCACAAGUGCUGGUUUCAGGGCCUUUGAUAAUCCAGCAGCCACCACAGCAAAUCAUUCCCUCUGCACAAGCAGGGAGCACACCUGCAGCAGCUGCUGGGACACAUAGCCAAGUACAGGGUUCACCAGUGCCCACAAGGACUUCUGCUGCAGGUUCUGCUUCUGCUCCUGUGCCUGAAAACCAUUCCUCAGCAGUGCCAGCAACUGGGGAGAGCCCUGGCUGCUCACAAAGGACAGAUCUACAGUCAAGUAAGGAACUAAAAAAGGAAGUUCUGGAAAGCAGCCCUGGAGGAGGGGUUUCUCCAGGUGUGAGUCCAGCUGCAGCAGAGAAGGCCCCAGACCAGGGAGGGCGCAAUGGUCAGGUCACAGCCAGCAGCUCAGUUUCAGCAGUGUUGCAAAACCAGGUUUUUGUGCCUCACCAGAUCACAGUGGUGGCUCUUGGCCUGGAGUCUGGCACCAAUAAAUUGUCCCUUUCCACACCAGUCACCUGUGAGCUGAAGAGUAACGGGCCACAGCAGAGGCCAGUCAGCCUGCUGCCUGCUCUUGUCACUCCACAGGCUGCUUCUCCUGUCAUUCCCAACAGCAUCCUGCCCUUCAAGUGGGUUGUAACUCCCCAGGGUCUGCUCCACAGUGUUGUACAGACUGUGGUGGGUGUUCCCCAGGGAAUGCCAGCUGCUGCUGGGGGAAGUCAGGGUCAGACAGCUGUGACUUCCAAUGGCAAUGUCUCUGCUUUGGGAGGGACUCCUGUACCAGCUGAAGCAAAUCCACCUCACCCCAGCAGUGCAAAGACAAAAGGGCCAAGUUCCCAGCUGGCAGGAAUUCCUUUGGGAAGGGCAGCUGACCAAUCCACAAUUCUCUUACCUGUGACCUCGGUGAGUCCUGGAUGCACCACAUCCAGUGUUUCUGCUGUAAGCCCUGCACGUUCAGCUGGCUCCUCCACGGCUCCAGACUCCUCUGCAGCUCCAGCUGCCCCUCCAGCUGCCAGCCCAGCCCUGUGUGCCGUGGUGCUGCCCCAAACACAACCCCCUGCCAGCACUCAGGGCUCUGAUUCCCAGCCUGUGCCCAGUCUCAGCUGCUGGGGAAGGAGCAGUGACUCCAUCACAACAAACGGAUCAUCCUCCAAUCCAGGCAGCAUCAGAGGGGUUGUGCUCUGUCCAGGAGCUGCAGCUCCUCACAGCAAUGUCCCAGGGAGCUCUGCCUGCUCUGGUGCCCAGGCACUGAGGAACAGACCCAUUGCCUCCAAACCACCGAGUGCUGACGUCCCUCCCCAGCCAAGCACCUCCCGUGCAGAGAAGAAUCUCCUUGACUUCAGCCUGAUCUCCCUGGAGGACCAGGGGCUGGUGAAGGAGUGGAUGAGUGGGAAACAAGGGGUUCAGGUGCCAUCACUGCAGACCAGGCUGCCUUAUCUGCCUCCUUUCCUCUGCAGCAUAAAAACCCUCUCAAAGCUCCUUCUGCAGAAAGCAGCUCUGGAGAAGCAAGCAGCCUCUCUCCUGCCCUCUGAGGCCAGUGGGGAUGGGGGCACUGGGGAUGUUUUCCGUGCUAUUGGAGAACUGGUGCAGCAGAAACUGGGUGAUAACCCUGCUUACCUCCUGCUGAAAGCCAGAUUCCUGUCAGCCUUCACACUCCCAGCUGUCCUGGCAACUCUGCCUCCUCCCAAAGUGACAACAACUCUGUCAGGAAUCGGGAAACAACUUGAGGAGAGUGAUGACGAGGAGUGGCAGAGUGAGAAAAAUGUGUUUGAAUUAAUAGGCCUACAGGAGCACUGGAGACUUGGGGAUGAGCCUGGAGACAAAGAUGCUGAUUUACUAAAUCAGGGCAUGGGGGCUGAGGAGAGCCCUGCUCAGUCUGCCUGGGGCUCCUGCACUGAUGUGGCUGAUGCCAGAGCUCCCCAAAGCAGGAGAAGUGCCCGCUUCAGGAAGAGGAGGAGGAUAUGAGAAGGAAAUGUGGGUCACUGGAACGAGCUCUGCCUUCCUGCAUGGCAGGAGGAGAUAAUCUUUGCACUGUUCACCUUUACCACUUCCAAUGCUGACUGGAUGGACCUGGGGAAGAGGAAAAUGCUGGACUGAUUUUCCCAACCCUCAACAAAAUCUGCAUCUGUAGGCAAGGUUUAAAAAUGAAGGAGACUGGCUGGAGGGAAGUCUUUCAGGCACAGACUUCUGUUCUUUCCAACUCCCACCUGCCAUAGAUUCUGAGGGGGAAUAUUGCUGGAAAUAUGGGGAAACAAGCAAUGGUGGUUAUUUAUUUCCUUCUUGUGUUGUUUAUGUGAAUGUUUAUCCAUGUUCAGAACAUGUUAAUUGGGUGUUUUUUAGUGGCUGUGGCUUUGCUUGGUAACUGAAUACUGUGGAAUAAGCAGCAGAUUAAUUUUGUAUCAAAAUGACUCUUAAGUAUUUGUUGAAAUACAGAUGUUUUAUUUUUCUCACUUAAAAAUUACUGAUGUCUUCUGUGUGG